ACCUGUUUCCAGAGAGGUAUUUAUCAUAGUUAAUAUGGAAUCAUUAGUUAGGGGGAAGUUAUUAAAAAGCUUAGUGGGGACUGGGUCUAAGAGACAAGUUGAGGUUUUGGAGGACGUACUAACUGAUGUUACUGUAUUUCCGGUUGAUCUACAGCAGUGAAGCAGUCUAAUGUUACCGAGGUUUCUAUGGAUGCAUUCACUUCUACUGCUUCAGCCUGCUCUGGGCUGAUGGUAGAAAAAACUUGAUUCAACUUAUGUCUAAUAUUUGAGAUUUUUAUCAUCAAACAAUUUAAGGAAAUCUUCAGAGCUGAGAAUAACAGGAAUAUGUGGUUUGGCUUGUACACUCAAAAACAUUCAAAUUAAAUCUGUAAGCAGGAAGGAAACAUAUUGAUGGCUUGUGUGGUGAUAUUUUUCUUUGUGACUGCUUUUUGUUUGCAGUCACAGAUAAAAAGCUUAAAGGUCUUGCUACUCUUAACACCAUGUUGGGAUAGAAAGGUGUUAGGAACAGAUAGACUCACGCUGGUGCAUGGUGGUGGAUUUGUUUAGUAGAUUAACCUGUUUACCAUCAGUUAUCCUGUUGUCUGCCUGUGACUGUGUCUUCCUGUACAUAUUGUCUUGCCUGGCUGAUAAUUAGCUGGUGUUGUAUGGCUGCUUAACUUGUUCAUCAUUUCCCUCAGACUUGAAGUCCUAUCACCUCCCUCUGACUUGUAGGCUAAACCGACACGGAGUCAACGACAGACUGGAUCUCUGUACGGACAUCGGCGUCUGGCACAGGACCAAGUCAGACCAAGCGUCCCUCCUCUUUUGCCCAAAGUGACAACAAAGCAACAACAAAAAACCUCCUAGGCCUGCACUCUGCAUUAGUAAUGGUGUUAAAAGGGUCCAACAGCUGGAGAACUCGUCUUUAACAUUGUGAAACAGCUUUGACUGCCUGGACAGUACAUAGCCAGUGUUUAAAUGAGUUUGUGUGUAACUUGGGCUGCGUGUCCCUGGAGAGAAACAACGAAGGAGUUUUGUUACAGCCCAUGACAGGCCUUAUGCAUGUUUCAUCUCCUGCUCUUAGAACAGAACCCCUUUUGUUAUCUAAUCUGCUGAAGCCCUCUUCUGUCCGGCCUGAGUGGCUGACUUUACUGCCUCAAGACAGGACUUCACAGACUGUCUGCCAGCUGCUAAACUGAUCCAUAUUCAGCAACAGCUGAGGAGAAGCAGGAGGACUUUGUCGAGUUUAGGAUCUCUUUUUUUUUUGCCAACUCAGUCAGCACUCAACAAAGUCUUUAAUGUCCAAAGGGCUAAGUGAAGGGGCUAUUGCAGUCCUUUUUGACUUUAUUUUUUAAGCAAUACAAUUGUUGUCUAGCAAUUUGAAAAGCAAAUAAUUUUAUACCUUAAGAGCUAAGUUCAUGUUGAAAAAAAAUAAAGGCCAUGGCUGACACUCUUAGACCUCCUUCGCUCCAGGUGAGUGUGCCGCAAGACGCUCCAGUAUAUUCUGAUGGAGGAAACCACCCUGUGUCAGAUGGCUGUGUCCGAUCGAGCUCCUCCACUCCAACUCUUCGCCGAAAGCGCUUCAAGAUGCGUCGGAUGAGGAACGUGCCUAGUGAAAGGGAGCUUGAACGAGCACGGAUUGCUAACACUCACCUGACGGCCAGAUCUCGCUCCAGCUCCAAGGAGUACCUUCAGCUACCAUCCAUUGAAAUCACGCCAUCCAGCGAUGAAGACGCAGCAUCUUCCUGGUCAAGCUGCUCCACGCCGAGCGCGUCACCUCGCCGCAGGCGUUUCCUGUUAAGGAGAUGGUUAAAGGUCAGAGAGAAGAAGGAGCAAGGCAGUGAGAGCAGCAGUCAGCAAAGCAGUCAGCAAAGCAGCCUGCAGAGCAGCCUGCAGAGCAGCCUGCAGAGCAGCCACGAAGAUGACAACACUCGCUUUUUAUCCCCGUUAAUCCGGGAGGAGAGGUCUGACAGUGCAGCGGAAAAAGUAAGCACUGCCAGUAAUUCAAACAAGAGCACACCUGCCUGCUCACCUGUCCUGCGUAAACGCUCCCACUCUCCCACCCCGCAGAACCAGGAGGGUGAGAACAUGGUGGAGAAGGGUUCGGACCACUCCUCUGACAAGUCGCCCUCCACACCUGAGCAGGUCGUCCAGAGAACGUACACGGUGCAGUCAGCACGCAGCGGCGGGAAGAACUCAAAGUCUCACAAGCGACUUUCCAAAUAUGACAGACUAAACCUGAUUAAAAAGAGCCAAAGCUGGUACAAUCAUGAAAGGCAACACAUCCUGAGAGUGCUGAGCCCCACAUACAAGCAGCGCAAUGAGGACUUCAGGAAACUCUUCAAGCAGCUCCCUGACACAGAGAGACUCAUUGUGGACUACUCCUGUGCUCUUCAACGGGACAUCCUCCUGCAGGGAAGACUCUACCUCUCUGAGAACUGGAUCUGUUUCUAUAGCAACAUCUUCCGAUGGGAAACACUGCUAACAGUGAGACUAAAGGACAUCUGUUCCAUGACUAAAGAGAAGACAGCUCGCCUCAUUCCCAAUGCCAUCCAGGUCUGCACGGACACUGAGAAGCACUUCUUCACCUCAUUCGGAGCCAGGGACCGGACAUACAUGAUGAUGUUCCGGUUAUGGCAGAAUGCACUACUUGAUAAACCCUUGUGCCCCAAAGAGCUGUGGCACUUUGUCCAUCAGUGCUAUGGCAACGAGCUGGGCCUGACAAGUGAUGACGAGGACUACGUUCCCCCUGAUGAUGACUUCAACACCAUGGGGUUUAGCGAGGAGAUUCCAAAUGAGGAGAAUGAGAUCAACAAUGACAACUUGACAAAGAGCAGUGCAGAGGCCAAGCCUGAGGGGAGCCCUCCUCCGCUGCUCAAGAAGGUCAUUCCAAACAGCGCCAUCCCAAGCCCUGGCAACAAUGACACACCCAUCACAUUUGACCUUCCAGUGGAGGAAUUUACAGACUGCCUCGCAGACGGGGAGCUGUUGACUGUUCCUCUAUUAGAGGAGGAGAAGAAAGAAACCAGUGGACCUGAAGGUCCUGUUCCCUCACCAUCCCUGGACCUAAAUGACAAUGAAGAUAUCCCUACUGAGCUCAGUGACUCUUCAGAAACCCACGACGAAGGUGAGGUGCAGGCCUUCCAUGAUGAUCUAAACGGCAGGCAGCAUAUCAAUGAGGUGUACAGGAUCAGCGUGGACAAACUCUACGACAUUCUCUUCAACAAGUCUCAGUUCAUGAGUGACUUCAUGGAGCAACGGCGAUUCUCGGGUUAUUACCCCCUACAUUCUUAUGACGUGGUGUAUCACCCAUGGAAGAAGGACGAAGGUGGACACCAAACCAGAGAGAUCAUGUACACCAUCUCUCUGUCCAACCCUCUGGCACCUAAGACAGCUGCGGUCACUGAGACGCAGACUCUGUACAAAGCCAGCCAGGAGAGUGAGUGUUAUAUAAUAGACGCAGAGGUCAUCACGCACGACGUGCCCUACCAUGAUUACUUCUACACUCUCAACCGCUACAUGCUAACACGCGUGGCCAAGAACAAAUGUCGGUUACGGAUAUCAACGGAGCUGCGUUUCAGGAAACAGCCGUGGGGUCUGGUGAAGGGCUUAAUAGAGAAAAACUUUUGGAGUGGACUGGAGGAGAACUUCCGACAUCUUGAAAUGGAGCUGGCCAAGCUGGAGGAGGUCAUGAAUGAGGCCAGCCAGCUCUCUCCAAAGGCCAAGGGGAUAAAGAACUCCACAGUGAGGCGAAAGAAGAGGCCCCUCCCACACAUGCGCAGCCAACAUCUGGACGAAGCCCUCAGUCCUGUUACCACGCCGACAGAUGAAGAUGUGAUUCAGAGGAUCAAACAAGUGGCGGGCUCCACGCAGACGAGAAGUCCAGAUCACCAUCACAUGCUUGGAGGCCUGGCUCUGUACAGCGUUUCCAAACUGCUGCUCAUCAUCAGCUUUGUGAUCUGUCUCAGCCUGGUUCUGCUUGUGUUCCUCAACAUGAUGCUCUUCUACAAGCUGUGGAUGCUGGAGUACUCUGCACAGUCCUUAACAACCUGGCAAAGUCUUCGGCUUCAGGAGAGUAAACUGCCUCAGACACAGAUGGAGUGGGCCCAGCUGUUGGAGGCGCAGCAGCGUUACCAUGACGCCGAGUUGCAAAAGUGGAGGGAGAUCAUCAAGUCCUCAGUAGUUCUGCUGGACCAGAUGAAAGACUCCUUGCUGAAUCUCCAGCGAGGCAUUGGUUUGAGGGACUACAACUCUGAGACGGAGGAGAAGAAAAGUCGAUAUCACUGACAAACGACCACAUGGCCACAAGGGCAUGCUGUGCAAUAUAGGACCUGUUUUGAUUGUGAACCAGUGUGCAGGGAUCACCAAGGCAGACAGGACAGAGGGCCAUGCAGGACCAACCACGACUGGGUCCAAAGAUACAAAGAGAGCUAGUUAACCCUCCUUUUAGGAGCCGGGGGAUGAGAUUCAUGCACGCACACAGGAACUGGGGAAUCCCCAACUUCACAGAGCUGUGUAGUGGUGGGGGGCACACGACCCGAUCCUGCUCUGCCCCCCGUGCCCCUUCAACUCUCUUUAUUUCCAAGUGCAUCCUACUGUAAGCCAUGUCGGCACGAGAGGGGCAGAGAGAAUGAAGGAAGUACUGCAUGCAUGUAGAAACCCUAGCUCCCCCUCGGUCAGUGUCAACGUGGUCCAAUUCCAGUCUAUGUAUAUCUGAUAAAAAAGGAGAUUUCAUCAAAGUCGAAAGGCUUUUUGAACUCUCUCGACUGUUCGGAACCAAUCGUCCCCUGACGGUCCGCACUGCAGUCUCCCCCUAAAGAGCAUCCAGGGAGCAGUUUGCUUCCAAACGAGUGUUGCAGCUGAGGCGUCGGCCCAUCACAUCGGUUUUCUUGUCAGAACCUGGCCUGUCUGCUUCCUGCCGGGGCUGGUUCCCUGUCAGGUCGAUGACUUAAACUACUGACAAGCAGAACCUACGGACUGAUGAGACUGGAGCCCGUCUCUCAUCCUGCACACAAGAUCACUCGGUCCUACCAUAGUUUCUGCUACCAAGCGUGGCAUUGUUCCUUAUCCUUGAAAAAAGGUGGAAUGUAAUACGGAAAAGAAAACAAAAGUCCUCCUGGAUGCAGGGACUCUACAGCCGGACCAGCAGGGAGACCUGUAUCCUCACGUUUCAUCACUAAACUGUGAUUAUAUCUCUUUAAAAACGUUUCAAAUUGGAAAGAACUAUCAAUAUAUUUGAAAUAUAUAAGAAUAUUUCACUAUUUAAUAUAUAAUAUAUAUUUCAAAACAUAUAAACAUUACCUAUAUUUAUUGUUAAUAUGUGUAAAUACAGAAAUUAUCAGAGCUCUAGAGCAGGUAAAGAAUUUCUAACUUAAAAAGUGUUUUCUUCUUAGAAAUGCAUGCCAGAUAUGUCUGUGACAUGUCCAGUGUGCAAGUAUGAUUCCGCAUUGGCGCUGUUAUAUUCGCGCACGUGUGUGUGUGUGUGUGUGUGUGUGUGUGUGUGAGUGAGAGUUUGUGUGCGCAAAAAACACAUGCGUGCAGGUGAGUGUGACAUUUCUACCAUUCCACAUGUGUAUGUUUCUCAUAUUUUCUUUUGUUUUGGUUUUUUUCUUGUGGCUCCUGCAGCCAGACUGCCUUUUUUUUAUUUCAAAUGCUAAUGAAUUUGGGUGUCGCCUUGCAUCAGUCCCACCAGGUUUACAGCCGAAGAGUUUAGUUCCAAAGCCAUCCUGCGUCUGAAAUGUCCCAAAUUAACAUUGUUUAACACGCACGCUGUGUUCAUUUAACCAACAUUUAGAGCAGAUCAGCAGAAGUAAGGGCAUAGCGGGAAGGCCCUGGUUGGAAUCCUGGCUGGAACCAUUCUGUGUGGAGUUUGCAUUUUCUCCUCGUGCAUUAAUGGAUUUUCUCUGUCCAGUCCAAAAACAUGCUUCAUAGGUUAAUUGGUGACUCUAAAUUGCACCUAGGUGUGAGUAUGUGAGUGUGUGGCCCUGCAACAGACUGGUGGCCUAUUCAGGGUGUACCCCGCCGUCACACAACAGUAGAUGGGUCGGCGCCAGCAGCCACGCGACCCUGACAGGGAUCCAGCAGUUUGGAAAAUGGAUGAAUGGAAAAGCAAAAACCCUGACAUAUUAGGUAUGAACUUGAGGAUUUCAAUGAAAAUGAAAAACUUUGGAAACAAAAUCUUCAUUUUGUUCUCUUUUGUGGCUUGACCCCCCUCUUUCCAAUAAGAAACAUUUCAACAACUAUAUAUGUUCUUUCUCCUCAGUGGUUGAUGCCACUGCCAUGUCUGCACUAGCAGGAAAUCUGGAAAGACAGAAAGUUUGAGAUAACUCCUCAAGCUUUCUUCCAAACUGUAACUCCCUCCCUCCAUUACAAGUGUUCUUUCUUGGUAGGAAUGAAAACAUGAGAAUAGGUUUCACACAAUAAACCAAAAGAAAGAAGCAGACUCGGGCCUUCGCACAUAACCGCAUCGUUUUAAAUGGAAUGAUUGUCAUGUACUGUAUAUAUUGAAGAGGUGCAUCAAAUCACCUCUGAUGUUUUUGUCAACGAAGACUCCUUAAAGCACUUAAAAAAGCAUGAGAGGGAAAGAGAAAAAGGAAGCACUUUAAGGUCUGCUUGAGUUUGGUCGAAAGAAUGUAGAUCCAAAAAAUAUAUAUAUAUAUUGUUGAUGGAAAUUAUUUUUUUAAUUUGUUCAAAAAAUGGAUAAAAAAACACUCCAGACAAAACAUCUCCAAACUGCAGCGAUAUGAGCAACACUUUUAGUUUUCGGGCGACACAGGUAUAAAGGAUUUGAAAAAGGGAAAUGUGUCUUCAGCGUGGGUCUGCUGGAGUCCUGCUGUGUGCAAACUCCAAAGGAAGGGCCACUAAUGAUAACACACAGAAACCUCAAGACCUGAAUGUGAGACGAGGAACGUUUCGCAGGCUUCACUUUCACGACCCCAAUGACCCCGACAGAUUGCACCGAGGUUGGGAUUCGUGUCUUUUAGGGCGCAGGAAUGUCUCGUGUUUGGAAAUGUGACUGAAGUGCUUUCAAAGUUUGUUUCUUAAAUAUUCUUGAUGGAUUUUGCAUCCCGUAAUUUUAGCUUUGCUGAAGCUGAAUUGUCAUCGGUGAAGAGAAGGCUCGACGAAACAAUGGCUUGAUUCUUUUCACUCUCUCUCAUCUGACAGAUCUCCACAGUUAUGCUGAUUAUUCCAGAAAUGUUUCAGCCCCAAAUCUGAGCUUCGAUCUCUCAAUGCUUUUUGUUGUGUUUUUUUCACUUCUCUUGUGUUUUUUUUGUUUUUUUUGGAGGGGUUCUCACUUAACCCAGGUCACACAAAUACUAUUAAUGUUGCUCUGGCUGCUGAGCUGCAGAACCGAGACGACCCGGGAGUUUGGGGUUUAGCAGUGACAACUAACAGAUUGUUUGCUUGGAUGACUAUACCCGUUGGCAUUUGCCUUGCUGUCACAGAACCAGUGAGACUGCAGUGCCAACCACAAAACACAGUGCUAACUAACAGCCUUCAACAACACAUAAUAGAUGUUCAUUCUGAAUCGACCACAGAUCGAACUCAUAGUAAAUGCACAUCUCAAAAUUUGCUGGUGUAUUUUCAAAAUUCUGCUGUACGGUUUUUCCUUAUCUCUCUGUGUGUGUUUUUUUUUAAAUAUAUUUUAGACAUUGUUUUAUUUCUAGAAUUUCCGUGACAUUUCUACACAAGUUGAACAUGCUGUAAGAUUCCGUUGUGUGUAUCUGCAUUCCACGCACACUCUGACAAAGAACUGAACCUGCGCUGUGCGCAGGUUUUCACUUGCAGACGACUUUGCCUCAUAGACACUGAAGAAAGAAGUGGCUUUCUGGUUCAUGUGAAGUAGAGAUUGGAAGUCUGAAUAAAGGACAAAUAAACAAAA